GUCGGUUUAUCUGCAAUUUUUGCUGUUCUUCUUAAGAGACCAAGUUUUGUUUAACUAAAACUCAAUUUCAGUUUGUUUUUGCCUUUGAUUAUUUGAUUAAUUGAUUGAUUAAUCGGAAGAAAAGCCGUUUGGUUUAGGGUUUUGUUUAUCGUGAAUUAAUAUAUAGCUUGUUAGGGUUUGAUCGUGUGAAUUUUAGAAUUCUUGUGUUUGGAUGAUAUAAAUCAAGAUGGUUGCAAAAACUGAAGCUGCUUGUUCUAUUCCCAAUUUGGAUUCUGUUCUCUCUCUUUCUCAAAUUGAUAUAAGGACUCCGGAGACAGUAUCAGAUAAUUCUCUUGGCUCGACCUUGUUACAAUAUGUGCCAACCAUUCGCGCAGGAAGCUUUGUUGAUAUUGGGCCGCGUAGGUUCAUGGAAGAUCAACAUGUGAUGAUUGAUGAUCUAUCUAAGCAUUUGGGCUCAAUGAUAAAAUGUCCUAAACCAAGUGCUUUUUAUGGGGUUUUUGAUGGCCAUGGUGGACCUGAAGCAGCAGUAUAUAUUAGGAAGAAUGUGACCAGAUUCUUUUUCGAAGAUGUUGAUUUUCCUGAAUUCUCCGAAUUAAAUGAUGUAUUUCUUGAAGGAGUAGAGAACUGCCUUCGCAAAGCCUUUCUUCAAGCUGAUCUAGCCCUUUCUGAUGAUUGCAGCGUCAGUACUUCUUCGGGGACAACUGCUCUUACAGCUUUGAUUUUGGGAAGGCAUUUAUUGGUUGCAAAUGCUGGUGAUUGUCGAGCUGUACUUUGUCGGAAAGGAGAUGCCAUUGAUAUGUCCCAAGACCACAGACCAACAUGCCCAUCCGAAAGGAGAAGAGUCGAAGAAUUAGGUGCUUACGUUGAUGAUGGGUAUCUAAACGGAGUGUUAUCGUUGUCUAGGGCUCUUGGGGACUGGGAUAUGAAGCUACCAAAAGGCUCUGCCUCCCCUUUGAUCGCGGAACCUGAACUUAAACAGAUGAUGUUGACAGAAGAUGAUGAGUUCCUCAUCAUAGGAUGUGAUGGUAUCUGGGAUGUAAUGUCAAGCCAACAAGCAGUUAGCCUGGUACGGCGUGGAUUAAGACGACAUCAUGACCCAGAACAAAGUGCAAAGGAGCUUGUGAGGGAGGCCUUGCGGCUGGACACUGCCGACAACCUUACAGUCAUUGUUGUCUGCUUUUCCUCUUUGGAUCAUGAGAGAGAGCCAUCAGGAGUGUUCAGGCCUCGAAGAUUAACGUGCAGCCUCUCGGCAGAGGCCUUGUCUACUUUGAGAAGCAUAAUGGAUCCGAAUGACGGUCAUUGAUUUUGUUGGUGAUUAUGUUUUUGAUCGACAGAUUAAUUCCUUAUUGCUGUUUAUAGGCUGCUUCAGUAGAGUUAGAAAAAGCGGCUGGCAGUUUUGCUAGGGUCUAUUCGUUUUAUAAGGAGUAUCUAAUUAGUAAUUAGUAAUUUGAAGUUUUUAGUGUCUUAAUUUGGGGCAGGAAAGCUUGAUGUGUAAAUGCAUUUCAGGGUUGAGAUUGGAUGGAGGUUUAGUGUCUUAAUUUGAAGUUUUUUUAGGAUUUUUUUGGCUGCGGUUUAAGUAUGGAUUUCCCUAUUCUUUAUUUUAUGAAUUACUUCCUUUUUUAGUCAAA